AUGCUCCACGGAAGGCCCCUUCGCCUCGCGCAGGUGCUUCUCGCCGUAGCGCCAGCUUUUAUCACCUAUGGAUACAAUCAGGCAGGCGUGUCGCCGCUCACCAGUCUGCAAUCAUGGGUCACCGUCUUUCCGGAAAUUGACACCGUCAAUACCGAGGGUGCAGUAAAGACGACAAACUCGACCCGGCAGGGCGCCGUCAUCGCGUCUCUGCAACUGGGCGCUCUCGUGGGGGCGCUCUCGUGUGCCUUCUACGGUGACCGGCUCGGCCGCCGCAAGACCAUCUUCCUCGCAGCGCUCAUCGCCAUCAUCGGCGAGCUGCUGCAAACUUCCGCCUACGACAUCAGCCAGUUCACCGUCGGGCGCGUCAUCCUCGGCAUCGGCAUCGGCCAGCUGAGUGCCACCGUCCCCGUGUGGCAGGCCGAGUGUUCGUCCGCAAAACACCGCGGCCAACACGUCGUCGUCGACGGCAUCUGCAUGGUGCUCGGCUUUGUGCUCACCAACUGGAUCGACUACGGCUUCAGCAAGACGACUGGCUACAUACAAUGGCGUGUACCUCUGGCAUUGGCGUUCCUGUUUCCCCUGACCGUCCUCGGGUCCGUGUUCCUCCUGCCCGAGUCUCCACGCUGGCUCGUGAUGGUGUCGAAGAGGGAGGAGGCAGCGCGCAGUCUGGCCGCGUAUAAAGGGCUUUCUGUAGCCGACGAAGCGGUGCAGACCGAGAUCGCCAGUAUCGAGUCGUCGCUGGAACUCACAGCGCAGUCGAAGAGCCUCACGCUCCGCGAGCUCUUCCUGGGCAACGACGAGGAGCGCCUGCUGUACCGGUUCGCUCUCUGCCUCGUCAUCCAGUUCUUCCAGCAAAUGUGUGGCGGCAAUCUUAUCUCCACCUACAUCGACCACAUCUUCGAGGAGAGCCUCGGACUGGACGGCGAGCUCGCGCGGAUUCUUGGCGCCAGCGCGCUGACUUGGAAGUUCGUCUGUAACUUUAUUCCGUUCUUUGCAAUCGACCGCCUCGGCCGCCGCAAGGUGUUCAUCUUCAGCGGCGCCGGCAUGUGUCUCUGCAUGACGGUGCUGGCCAUCACGACCAGCUUCGGCGACGGGCGCCGCGACCUGUCCAUCGUGUCGGUCGUGUUUAUCUGGCUGUUCAACAUGUUCUAUCCGAUCGGCUUCUCCGGCGCCAACUUCCUCUACUGCACGGAGGUCGCGCCUAUGCGGCUGCGGGUUAUCAUGUCGUCGGCGUCGACGGCGAACAAGUGGCUGUGGAAUUUUAUCGUGGUGAUGAUCACCCCCGUCGCGCUCAACACCAUCGGCUGGCGCUACUAUAUCGUCUACGCUGUGAUUUCCGCCUGCAUUCCCAUCACUGUGUACUUUUUUUACCCCGAGACCAUGAAUCGCAACCUCGAGGCCUUGAACGGGGUGUUCCGCGAUGCGCCGACCCCGUGGCAUAUUGUGGCUAUGGCCAGGAAGCUGCCGCAGGGCGAUGUGAUGGACGCGGAUGUGCAGAGAACGGAGAAGCCGGAUAUCGAGCAGAAGGAGUAUGCUUGA